AAUCAAGAAAUUAGUAUGAAAAAUCUUUUAAAGAAACUAGGCAUCAAACCAAACUCAAAUCAAUCAUCAUCAUCAUCAUCAUCAUCAACAGAUUCAUCAAAAGUUCAAUCUGGAAUAACAGUAUGGCUAAAUUCAGUAACUAAUAGUAAAAAGAGUAGUUUAAGCCCUGGGUCAUCUUCAAAUAUGAAGUCAAUUGAAGGGUUUGACUCAGUAAGUAGUGGUCAACUUGAUGCAGUAAUGGAUGAAGUUAGGAUUUGGGAAUCAAAGGAGCCUCAAGUUGAAGAAGAUGAAGAGUAUCAGAUUCAACUUGCUUUAGAGUUAAGUGCAAGAGAAGAUCCAGAAGCUGUUCAGAUUGAAGCUGUUAAGCAGAUUAGUUGCUGUGAUCCAAUUAGUACUCCUGCUCAAAUCGUUUCGUAUCGAUAUUGGGAUCACAGCGCUCUUAGCUAUAAUGACAAGGUUCUUGACGGGUUCUAUGAUCUUUAUGGGAUCUUUCCGGAACCCACAUCAUCAAAAAUGCCUUCCCUUGUGGAUUUACAAGGAAUACCCGUGUCCGACAAUGUUACCUGGGAAGCAGUUCUUGUUAAUAAGGCUGCAGAUUCCAAGCUUCUAGGACUUGAAAAUACAGCCUUAGAGAUGGCUGUCAAGUCAAUGUCUGAAUCUAUUAGUUCUGCAGGUCAAAAUUUGGUGCAGAGACUUGCAGGCUUAGUUUCUGAUCAUAUGGGUGGGCCGAUUGUUGAUCCAGACAAAAUGUUGUUAGCAUGGAGAGAAUUUAGUUCGACAUUAAAAGAAACUCUUGGAAGCGUGGUUAUGCCUCUUGGCUUGUUGAAAAUUGGAUUGUCAAGCCAUCGAGCUCUGCUCUUCAAGGUUUUGGCCGAUAGUGUGGGCAUCCCUUGUCGCUUAGUAAAAGGGAAGCAAUACACUGAUUCCAACAAUGUUGCGAUGAACUAUAUAAAACUUGGUGAUGGAAGGGAAUAUCUUGUUGACUUAACGGCGGAACCUGGGACACUCAUUCCGUCUGACGCAGUGACUGCAGGAGGCUCAAACAUAGAUUAUGACGAGUCUUUUUCAUUAAGUCCAUGUUCCCGAGAUGAAGAUUCAUCUCGUUUAGCUUCCUCCAGAAGCGGUCUCACCAGUUCAUCCGUAGAUUGCAUGGAUGACAAUAGCAACAAUGGAACUGUUCAACACACCCAUUCAUCAGGUUUACCGCAACAAAUGAAAGAUGAUCUAGAACCCAAGAAAUCCUUGCCCAUAAUUCCUCAAAAACCAAAUAAGGAGAAAAAAGGAAAUUCGCAUUACACUCAUGCAAGAUCCCCUUCAUGGACGGAAGGAAUAAGUUCCCCUGCAGUACGCAAAAUGAAGGUAAAAGAUGUUUCACAGUACAUGAUGGAAGCUGCAAAAGAAAACCCUCAAUUAGCACAGCAAUUACAUGAUGUAUUACUUGAAAGUGGCGUUGUUGCUCCUCCAGACCUCUUUACUGAAGUAUAUGAAGAGGAACUACCAAACAAGACUACCAAUGUUCAAAGUCGAAAACAUAUAAGUCAACGUCGUUGCUUGCCUCCAUUACCAUACCCACAAAGAACUUCUUCACAAUCUGAAGUAAAUCAAGUGGCAGCAGCCGCUGUAGCAGCUGCCGCUGUUGCUUCAUCUAUGGUGGUGGCCGUCACCCGAACUAUGACGGAUGAAAAUAUAAAACUUCCUGUAGCCGCUGCUGCCACGGUGACAGCAGCGGUUAUGGUGGCGACAACCACUGCUUCUGUUGUAAAGCAAUAUGAGCUCUCGGGUCCCUCACAAAAUGAAUGCUCUAAUGGUUUGGAUUCUCCAGGAAUGGAUGGAGAUAUGGAAGGACAAGAUCAGAUAGGUCAAGAAGGGGAGAGAAUAUCAAAUAGGUCAACGGGUAACGAAAGUUCAUUAUCGGAAGUCUCUCUUGAAGAUGUUUCGGAUUGUGAAAUAGCAUGGGAGGAUAUCACCUUGGGUGAACGUAUUGGAUUGGGAUCAUAUGGAGAAGUAUACCGUGGUGACUGGCACGGAACCGAUGUUGCUGUUAAAAAGUUCCUAGACCAAGAAAUAACUACAGAAUCCCUUGAUGAAUUCAUAAGUGAGGUCAGAAUCAUGAAAAGAGUUAGACACCCGAAUGUUGUACUCUUCAUGGGAGCAGUAACACGUACACCACAUCUUUCAAUUGUUACUGAAUUUCUUCCUAGAGGUAGCUUAUAUAAAUUACUCCGCCGGCCCAACAACCAGCUGGAUUAUCGACGUCGUUUGAGGAUGGCUCUUGAUACCGCACGUGGUAUGAAUUAUCUGCACAACUGCACACCUGUUAUAGUUCACCGUGAUUUGAAGUCUCCAAAUCUCCUUGUUGAUAAGAAUUGGGUUGUGAAGGUUUGUGAUUUUGGAUUGUCUAGAAUGAAAAACAGCACGUUCCUAUCUUCAAGAUCGACUGCAGGAACGGCAGAGUGGAUGGCUCCAGAAGUCCUCCGAAACGAACCUUCAGAUGAAAAGUGUGAUGUUUAUAGCUUUGGUGUGGUUUUAUGGGAGCUUUGCACAAUGCAGCAACCAUGGGGUGGAAUGAACCCAAUGCAAGUUGUAGGUGCAGUAGGAUUUCAACAUCGACGUCUUGAUAUUCCAGAGGACAUAGACCCCAUCAUUGCAGAUAUCAUUACAAGAUGCUGGCAAACAGAUUCAAAACUACGGCCUACGUUUGCUGAAAUCAUGGCCGCCUUGAAGCCGCUUCAGAAGUCAAAUACAAAUUCUAAAACUGGUAGAGAGUAGAGCAAUUAAAUUGCAUAAUGUGGAAGCAAAAUGGGCAAAAGGGUUUGCGUCCACAAUCUGAGAAAGGGAGAAUAAUGAAGCCGGCAAGUUCUUGGUUCUAUACAUAAUGUGAGGAAGUCGUCGUCUGGAUGUGGCAAUGAAUACAUACACGUAUUAAAAGGAUUCUACUUACUGAUUCUUUACUUUGAACAAAUGGUCAUUUUUCUUGUAUUUUUUAGUGUUGGUCAUGUGACCAACUCACUUUUUUGUUUUCUUUAGUUGCUUUUUGUAAAUUCAUUCAGUGUUAUACCACGGUCAUAAACUUACUUGUUCA